AUGGCUUCCUUUAUUGCUCUCCAGUCAAAUCAAAAGAUAUUGAAUCAAACAAAUACUAUCUCGCGCGACUCUUUGCUUAACAAACCUGGAAGGCCCUUAAACAGCAUCGACAACAUUGAUAAUUCCCUUGCUGCAAAUCCAACCGCAGCAGCUGCGAUCAGAAAUAUAUACCAAAAAGCUAGCUUUUCGACCCCAGGAAACUAUGAGGUCGUCCAGAUUUUAGGAAAGGGCUCCUAUGGUGUGGUAGUAUCCGCAAUUGACAAGAGGGAGGUAGGUAAACCCUGUCCCUUGGCGAUCAAAAAAGUCACCAAUAUUUUUCACAGAGAAAUAUUGAUGAAAAGAGCCAUUAGGGAGUUGAAGUUCUUGAAUUUCUUUAAGGGCCAUAAGAAUAUUGUCAGUCUUCUCGAUUUGGAGAUUGUGACAGAGAAGCCUUUUGAUGGACUUUAUUGCUAUCAGGAGCUAGUGGAUUAUGACCUGGCUCGGGUGAUUCAUUCGACGGUUCAAUUCUCUGAAUUCCACAUUAAGCACUUUCUGUACCAAAUUGUGUGUGGGCUAAAAUAUAUUCAUAGCGCAGAUGUUAUUCAUAGAGAUUUGAAACCGGGCAAUGUUUUAUGCUCAAUAAGCGGACAGCUAAAAAUAUGCGACUUUGGCUUGGCCCGGGGAAUCUCACCUCAUUUUUCAAACUCUAAACGAGGGGAUAUCCACAUUACAAAUUACGUGGCUACUCGGUGGUAUCGAGCCCCCGAACUGAUUCUCUCCCAUAAGCCAUACUCAAAAUCCAUCGAUAUCUGGGCAGUCGGCUGUAUUUUAGCAGAACUCUACGGAAGAAAGCCCCUCUUUAUGGGACAAGACUCAUUGCAUCAGGUUUCUGAAAUACAGAAAGUUUUAGGAACGCCAAAUCCAGACACGAUUGCUAAAUACUGUUCAGCUAGGUGCUAUGAUAUCUUUGCCUCUGGAAUAGAGGUCAAAAGGCGCCCGUGGCCCUUAAUAUAUCCUGAUCUUGGCCCGGAUGCUCAACAUUUGCUCGAUUGCUUACUUACCUGGGAUCCGGACAGGCGAUUGAAAGUUGAUGAAAUCGUAGAACAUCCUUUUCUCGAAGAUGUCAGGAAUCCCGAUGACGAACCUGGCUGCCCGAGAGGACCAUUUGACUACUCUUAUGAAAUUCAACUCACGUCAAUGCACAAGUUGAGGUGUGCUAUUUACGAGGAAGUGCAAGCCUUCAAAGAGCAAGUAUCUACUUGA